CAACUGCGCAUAACAAAGGCGAACCUUGUGCGAGAAAGUUGUCAGUGUCGUGGGACGCGGAUCGCGAUUUGAUAGCGAAUUGGCAUUAAGUGCUUCCAUUGGCGAAAUCGGUUCAACGCGAGUGCCAUGCCAACAGAUCCCAGUGAGCCCAGCGUCGCUAGCCAGUCGACAAACAUUUUGAAUACCUGAAAGCCGGAUCAUCACACCCGGGCGUGUCGGAGAGCAACCAGAACAACAGAAGCACCAGGCUAUCCGAGAUCGGAGAUCAGAGAUCCGAGAUCCGAGAUCCGAGAUCCAGGGAGCAUGCUGUUCUCCGCGGUGGUGCUCUGCCAGGUGGAGCGGCUGAUGUGCCUGCCCAUCAGCUUCGCGGUGCUGGGCUUCCUCUUCAUGGCCUGCACCAUGGAGGUGGUGCUGCUCAAGCUGACCACCAGUGACCCGGUCUUCGGCGGCCCCGGCGAGGACUGGGAGGAGAACGGUGGCCCCGAUGGGGAGGAGCAGAUCUACUACGAGAACCUGGAGAACAACUACGAGCACUGGGCGCGCCGCAGGAGGAGGUUCCACCAGCGGCAGCAGCAGCAUCAGCAGAACCAUCUGCCCACCUAGCGUGACUUAAGCUAAAAUUUAAAAGUAUCUUAAGUAGAUCGGUUAUAAGCGGGUAUACUGACUGAGCUUCCUACAGCUGCUACUACUACACCCUUUGUAUUCGAAUUUCAAAUGCUUCGCCAGUGUAAUGUUUUCACUAGCUGUUUAUGGUUGAAAAUUUUCCUUAAAUUAUAUUUGUUUGUUUGUUUCGUAAGCGAAAUUGCGAAUUUUGCCAUUUGAAUAAGUUAGGCGGCGGACCGAUUGGCGAUUGCUCACGCCGAGCACGUACAAGACACCCAGGAAUUCCCUUCUUCUCGCUAUUGUGUAAGAACUGUAAGUGACUGACAUAAUCCGAAUGCAUAUCGAGACAGUGCGUCUCCUAGAUUGUAGUUGUAAGAUGUGUGAUAGAGCCACACGUACUUUAAGCCGUGCGCCAGAGUAAGGUUUAUUAAACUUGGCUAUAAAACCCCA